AUGGCCGUGCAAGCGGCGCCUCUCCCGCCUCCCCAUCACCCCUUCGGCCCUUUCGGCUUCCCGGCGGCCGAUUUCGGAGCGCUGGUGGAGAAAAGCUGCUACGGCGGCGACGGGGCGCUGCUGUUGCUGGAAGGCGGCGUCGGCGGGGCGACCGACGGCUCAUGCGGAGCCCUCGACGGUUGCAACGAAGCGGCCGAUUUCCGCGAAGCCACCCGGGAGCUGCUGAGCUUCAUCGAUUCGGCGUCCAGCAACAUCAAGCUGGCUUUGGACAAGCCGGGCAAAUCCAAGCGGAAAGUCAACCAUCGGAAGUACCUGCAGAAGCAGAUCAAGCGAUGCACCGGCCUCCUCGGAGGCAACGCGGAGGCGGCUUCCGGGACGGGGCCCGGUUCGGUUCCCGGGCCGGCCGCCGCCGCCCCAGCGAGCAAGCAGGCCCCGGCCUCGACGGCGCCUUCUAGCGGCGGCGGCGCGGCGGCUCCCUCCUCCUCCUCUUCCUCCUGCAAACUCCCACCGCCGGCCAAACGGGAGAGCAAAAGUUUAGCGGCGCUUUUCGACUCGUGGCGCGCGUCGCCUUUCCAGCCGGGCGGAGCCCCGACGACGCUCGUUGCAACCCCGGAUUCAGCUCCCGCCGGGCCGGGCCACGGCGCGAGCGGCCUCCAGGAUCGUGCAACCGCCGCCGCCGUCGUCCCGCCGGCUCCUUUGGCUUGCAAGAAAGUUCCGCUGCGGAACCGCAACUUGCCCCGUUCUUUCUUCACCGAGCCGGCUCCCAACCGGGCGCCCAACCCGGCCGGCUUGGAAGGAGGCGCCGCCGCUCCGUCGGUGGCCGAAGAGCUCUUCGAGCUGCUGACGGCUCCCGAUUACCGAGCCUUGUUGAAGGAAGCCGCCGAGCCGCCGCCGCCGCCGCCGCCCGUUUUCCCCGGCUCGGCUUUGCAAGCAGCGGCGGAGCUGCCUCUGGAGCCGCCGUUGUACGAGCCGCUGCCGUCGUUGGCGCCUCUGCUCUACGCCGAGACCCCCUUGCGACCCUUGCCGGCCCUCUACGCCGCCGUCGCCGCCGUUUCGGAUCCGGCGGCGCCCUUCUUUGCGGAUUGCCCGCCGCUGCCGCCUCCGCCGGCCAUGCCCUACGAUUACGGCUACAGCCGCGGGGCGCCUUACUCCAGCCUUUAG